AUGCGGCCUGGGGACUUUCCCGUGAUCCUGACCUUUGAUGUGGAGUGCCAGAGGACCAACCAGGUUCCAGAAGAAAAUGAAGUUCUGCGCCAGAAGCUUUUUGCGUUGCAAGCCGAAAUCCACCGACUGAAGAAAGAGGAGCAACAGCCAGACAAGGAAGAGGCCCUGGUCCAACACAAAUUACCUCCUUAUGUCUGCAACAUGGACCGCCUGGGGGACUCGGAACUAGCCAUGGUGUGCAGCCAGAGGAACGCUUCCCUCUCCCAGUCUCCUCGUGUGGGCUUCCUGUCCUCACUGCUGCCUCAGAAUAAGAAGAGCCCCUCAAGGUUGUUGCCUUACCCAGUAUCAAAUGACCUCAUAGUUACUGAGAUGCCAGUGGUAAGAACAGCUGCCCUUGGGGCUGUUUCCAUGGAUCUUAGCCGGAUGGGGAAGAGGGAGCCCUGUUUCAUGUCUUUCAUUCUACUGGCCACCGGGGAGUCCAGCUGGUCGCAGCACCGGCAGUGGUGCCUGCAGGAUCACAGAAAGGAGAGGAAGGAGCUUCUCUCCACUUUGCAGUGUGUCGAGAAGAAGCCUGAAGCUAGUGGCCCAGAGGGAGAGCCCUGCCCAGAGCUCCACGUGGAGGUCCUGGAGACGCUGACGCGGGCUUCCACAGCAGGCCCUGAGGGCGGAGGGGUCCGCUCCAAGCAGCCGUUCAUCGUGCUGGGGCAGGAGGAGUAUGGAGAGCACCACUCCUCCAUCAUGCACUGCAGGCAGAGUGGACUGCUCAGGGCGGAGGGUCACCAGCUUGUAGAUGGGGUCAUCAAAGUGUGGUCCUUCAGCCCCAUCAUGCAGACCAAAGCGUCGUCCAUUUCCAAGUUGCCGCUGCUCUCUCUGGAGUGGGCCGCCAAGCGGGACAGGCUGUUCUUGCUGGGCAGUGGUGUGGGGACAGUGCGCCUUUAUGACACGGAAGCCAAGAAGAAUCUCUGUGAAAUCACUGUCAACGACGAUAUGCCCAGAAUCCUGUCUCUCGCCUGCAGCCCCAGCGGGGCCUCUUUCGUCUGUUCAGCUGCAGCUCCGAGCCUCGCUUCUCAGGUGGACUUCUCCGCACCAGACAUCAGCAGCAAGGGCACUAACCGGGUUCCUGGCAAGCUGCUGCUGUGGGACACGAAAACCAUGAAGCAGCAGCUCCAGUUCUCCCUGGAUCUGGAGCCCAUUGGUAUCAACUGCACAGCCUUCAAUCACAACGGGAACCUGCUGGUCACAGGGGCGGCUGACGGCGUCAUCCGGCUGUUUGAUAUGCAGCAGCACGAGUGCGCUAUGAGCUGGAAGGCCCACUGCGAGGAGGUCUACUCCGUGGAGUUCAGCUACGACGAGAACACCGUGUACAGCAUCGGCGAGGACAGGAAGGUAGGUGAGCAGGGUCCAGAUCAGGAACUUCCUUCCCUCUGGCUUAGGCAUCUGAGCUUCCAGAACACACCAGAAUAG